UACAGGCUAUCGAAUUUGCUGUAUAAGUAUACCUAUACUGGCACGCACGUGCGACGGUUUAAAUAUGGCGGUACCUCCCACCACUCGUUCUUUAGUUCACUACUUCCGGUGACCUAGCCCAGGCGGCGCUGAAAACAGCGUUCCCCUUCUCACAAGAGGCGAGUUUGAACCCCCUGCACGAGAAGCUGUGUUGUUUACCGAAGAGUUAUGUGUGUAGUUUGAAAAUUUUGUUUGAAUAAAUGGCAAUGCGAAUUUCUAAAAAUGAUUAAUGCCGAGGUGUUAGAACUGGACGUAUGGAAAGGUGACUGGGGCCUACCGUCAGUUGAUGUAGAAUGUUUGCAAGUUUUGGCAUAUGCAAAAUUCAGUGGAAUACCUUUAAAAGUAAAUCUAACAAGUAAUCCAUUUAGAACACCAAAUGGUCGAUUACCCUUACUUAGGGCUGGUCUAAAAUCUUUGGAUACAGUUAAAGAUAUAUUCCCAUUUUUUAGAACAAAACAUAGUUCUGAUUACAUGUUAACAAAUAAACAAUGUGCAGAUGUUAUGGCUUUUGAUGCUCUGCUUAAGGAAAAGUUGUAUCCAGCCUUCCAAUUUAUAUGGUGGAUAGAUAAAAAGAAUCUUGAUGAGUUAGUUCGGCCAUGGUAUUGUAAAGCACUGCCAUUUCCAUUUAAUUUCUAUUAUCCUAGAAAGUUUGAGCAACGAGCUCAAACCUUGAUACAAAGUUUAUAUCCUAUGGAAGACAAUAUCAGCGUUAUUGAAAAUGAGAUAUACUCAGAAGCACAAAAAUGUCUGACAUUAUUAUCUACAAGACUUGGAGAUAAAGAUUUCUUUUGCGGACAACAACCCAAUACAAUAGAUGCUAUCGUAUACUCAUAUCUAGCACCAUUGCUCAAGGCUCCGUUGCCGAAUCCAAUUUUGCAAAAUUAUCUGAAAGCUUGUACAAAUCUAGUGAAAUAUGUAUCACGUAUAUCACAGAGAUACUUCGAAAAGGAAUAUCAAGCUUAUGAGAAAUUAAAAGCAGAAAAAAACACUGACAAAUUGAAAAAAGACUCCGAUAGUGAAUUCCCAAAUAAAAGAAGAAAUCAAAUUCUUGCUGCAAUUUUUGCUACACUGGCAAUGACAGGAUAUGCGUUAUCUACUGGUAUUGUAGAGGUGCUAAUAUAUUUAGUAAGAAGCAGAAAAUUUAUUAAGAUUCCUAAGAAGAAAAGAAAACGUAUCAGUGAACGAUGACGAAAUCCCGGAUGAGCCAAUGGAUUAUAUAUUGAACGAUGACGAUGAAUAAAAAGGAGAGAUGUUCACGUGGAAAAACUUUGGAAUAUAAAAUUAAUAAAAGAGAUUAUUUCCGGUUCUAAGCAUUAGAUUUAUAACUUGUGUGCAAAAUUCUGGCGUAUACACAAUAUAUUUUCGCGGUUUAGAGAAAACUCAAGACAAAGAAUGAGAUAUAUUACACAAGAUACGUAAAAACAUGUAAAUAUAGCAAUAUAUAUUCAAUAAAAUAUUUUU